CAACCCUUUUGUGUCUCUGCUUCCACAUUUGCUAUCUCUCCCGCCAUUGCUAUUGUCUCGAGCUUUUGGCCAGUGCGACAAUAUCUAAGAUCCAAAAGAAGGGAAACGAAAGGCAAAACCCAAAACCCUUAACUUCACUUCGAAAAUCGGCGUUGUCAAAAUCAAAAUGGGCAUAAAAGAUCUCCUCAGAUUCAUGAAGCCCUACAUUGAGCCCAUUCACAUCAAGAAAUAUGCGGGCAAACGUGUGGGUAUCGAUGCCUAUUCGUGGCUGCACAAGGGAGCUUAUUCGUGUAGUAUGGAGAUUUGCCUUAACUCUGAUAGUGAUAAGAAAUGGCGAUACUUAGACUACUGUAUGCAUAGAAUCAAUUUGCUUCGCCAUUACAAGAUAGUCCCAGUCGUUGUUUUUGAUGGUGGGAAUGUUCCAUGUAAGAAAGCCACUGAGCAAGAGAGGCACAGAAGAAGAGAGGCAAACAGGGAAUUAGCGAUGGAGAAGUUGAAAGAAGGGAAUGUUGGUGCUGCCUCUGAGCUUUUCCAGCGAGCGGUGAAUAUUACUCCCUUCAUAGCAAACCAACUCAUAAAGCUUCUUAGAGAACACAACAUCGAAUUUGUGGUUGCCCCUUAUGAGGCUGAUGCACAGUUGGCAUAUCUUUCCAGCCUCGGAACACAAAACGGAGGAAUUGCGGCUGUGAUUACAGAAGAUAGUGACCUGAUUGCAUAUGGUUGUAAAGCUACAAUAUUUAAGAUGGACCGAUACGGCAAUGGGGAAGAGAUGAUUCUAGAUAAGAUUUUUGACUCGGCAGGCUGCACACCUUCCUUCAGAUAUUUUGAUAUGGAAUUGCUCACGGGUAUGUGUGUCUUAGCUGGCUGUGAUUUUCUUCCUUCUGUUCCUGGAAUUGGCAUUGCAAAGGCUUAUGCCUUGGUCUCCAAGUAUCGGAAUUUGGAACGUGUUCUUUCUGUUUUGAAGCUUGAGAAACCGAAGAAAAUGCCUGAAGAUUACUUCAAACUUUUCAGGGAAGCCAUGGCAGUUUUUCAGCAUGCACAAAUAUAUGAUGCUGAAACGAGAAAGCUUAAACAUAUGAAACCGCUUCCUCUAGAGCUUCUGCAGUUCCUAGACGAAGAAAUUGAUUUCUUGGGACCAGAUUUGCCUCCUUCAAUAGCUGCUUCAAUAGCCGAAGGAAGGUUAAACCCCAUAACAAUGGAGGCCUUUGACUAUCUCCCAAGUGAAGAACGUCGCCAAGACCUUGUACAAAUCAAGAACAACGAAAGACUUCCAAGGUUCGAGGCAGCUGAGGCAGCUGAGGCAUCUGCGAAGGAUAGCUGUUUUAUGGUCUUCGUCUGUAAGGACAAAGAAAGACAUAUCCCGGAUAAGAGAAUUAAACCCCUAGUAGAUGGCAGUAAUUCUAAAGGAGAUUUGGCACUUGAGAAGCUAAGCACACCGUUGAAAGUUCAAACAACAAAUGAAGACAAAAACGUUCUUGCUUACAAAUCAUUAAAGAUUCCUGACAACAAUCCAUUCAAGAGAAGGAAAGGUGAUGAACUGCACAUGGAUCUAGCGCAGAGUGUUGACGAAGAAGUUUUAGUCAUAAGUGAGGAUGGGUGUGAGGAACCAUCAUGUGGGUCUCUAGAUAAUUUACUAAAAUCUUCCAAGAAAAGAAAAAUAAACGAAGCUCUCCCUGACCAAAUGGAUAAUGUUUCUGAGCCUUUGUCGGGGUUGACCCAAGAAGAGGACUUGAUGCUGUUAGAACUGACACCAGAAUCCCAAAAGAGCGUAAGCUCAAACUCGAGCAGUGUCAUUGGUAGAAAAAGAGUUGUAGGCAAGGAGAACAAGAGAAAAAGUAGCUGUAAUAGUUCAGGAACUCCAAAGAACAGUAUAUUGAACUUUUUCCGUAGAGUAGGAUUCUGUAAAUUUCUGUCUUGAAAAUCCAUUCUGAAUCUCUGUUGGGCAAA